CAUGACUUUUGAUGCAUUCCUUCUCAGAGAACUUGGUGUUGCCCUUCUCAUCUUCUUCAUCUCACACUUCUCCAUUAGAUUAAUCAUAAAAAAUUCUAGAAACCUUCCACCAGGCCCAAGAGGAUGGCCAAUUCUUGGUGCCCUACCACUUUUGGGUACCAUGCCUCAUGUCACACUCACAAACAUGGCCAAGAAAUUUGGACCCAUCAUGUUCCUCAAAAUGGGCACUUGUGACACUGUGGUUGUCUCAAGCCCAGAUGCUGCCCAAGCAUUCCUCAAGACCUUGGAUCACAAUUUCCUAAACAGGCCCACAAUUGCUGGGGCAACCCACUUGGGGUACAAUGGCCAAGACCUUGUUUUUGCAAAUUAUGGGCCUAAAUGGAAGCUCCUUAGGAAACUAACCAUUCAGCACAUGCUUGGUGGGAAGGCCCUUGGUGAUUGGGCCCAUGUGAGAACAAGUGAGGUGAAACACAUGGUAAGAGCCAUGCAUGAGUGUGCCAAACAAGGGGAACUUGUAGAGCUGGGUGAUUUGUUGAGUUGUGCAAUUACUAAUAUGGUGAGCCAAGUGGUGCUUAGCCAACGCAUAUUUUCAAAUAAAGGGUUUGAGUCUAAGGAGUUUAAGGACAUGGUGGUGGAAUUCAUGACAAUUUCUGGGGUGAAUAUUGGUGAUUUUGUACCUUGCAUUGCUUGGAUGGACUUACAAGGUGUGGUGGGUAAGAUGAAAAGGUUGCAUAAGAGGUUUGAUGUGUUCUUAACAAAAAUUAUUGAAGAGCAUGUAAAGUCUUCUCAUGAACGAAAGGAGAAGCCAGAUUUUCUUGAUAUUGUGAUGUCAAAUGGAGAGAAUCCUUCCCAAGAGGGAUUGACUUUGUCCAACAUCAAGGCUCUAUUAUUGAAUUUGUUCACUGCAGGCACAGACACAUCAUCUAGCAUCAUAGAAUGGGCAAUGGCUGAAAUGUUGAAAAACCCCAUCAUCUUGACAAGGGCACAGAAAGAGAUGGAUCAAGUGAUAGGCAGACAAAGACUACUUGCUGAAUCUGACCUACCAAAUUUACCAUACCUUCAAGCAAUCUGCAAGGAGACAUAUAGGAUGCACCCAUCUACACCCCUUGGUGUCCCCAGGGUGGCAAAUGAAGCAUGCCAAGUUAAUGGAUUCUACAUCCCCAAGAACACUAGAUUAAAUGUGAACAUAUGGGCCAUAGGGAGAGACCCCAAUGUGUGGUCCAACCCACUAGAGUUCAAUCCAGAGAGGUUUCUUAGAGGGAAGAGUGCAAAAAUUGAUCCAAGUGGAGUUGAUUUUGAGUUGAUGCCCUUUGGAGCUGGAAGAAGGAUUUGUGUAGGGUAUAGAAUGGCCAUUGGGGUUGUUGAGUACAUUUUGGGCAUUUUGGUGCAUUCUUUUGACUGGAAGUUACCAAAUGGGGUAGAACUAAACAUGGAUGAGGCCUUUGGACUCACUUUGCAAAAGGCAGUGCCUCUGUCAGCCGUGGUUAGCCCUCGGUUGGUCUCAGAUGCUUAUGAACAUGUUUGAAUACAAGUGUAGAAAGACUUUUAACAACUCUUCUACUGAAAAAUACUUUUUUCAAAAGUCUUUCUAAGCUAUAUCCAAAGAGAGUCUGAUUGAUAUCAUGCAUAUGGCUAAUGACUCUCUUAAUAUGAACUUACCAUAUCAGUUGUAUAUAUGAUGUGAAAAUUUAGACCAUUUAAAUGAAGUUACAAUUAGAUCACAUAUUAACUCAGGGCUUGUGAAACAAUGUGUACAAAUAUCAUACAUCAUGUAUCUUCAGUAUAGUUAAGAGGUUAUUUAAUAUUGCAUCCUUUGUUUAAGACAAAUCCAGAUUCAAUCUAUAUAUAGUACUUAUCUAUUGUACCAUAAAAUUGGCCAGAGUUUUUUUUUUUUUCACUUAAACUUACUCUACCUUGGUCAUUCUUUUGCACAAGAUUUUAAGUUAAGAUUCCAAUCAUACGGUCU